CUGGACAGCGUGCCCAUGGGCCCCACUUGCAAGGAGCUCCCGCGCCGCUGGCUCCUCCGGCUGCUGCUCCUACUGGCCGCUGCCUGCUCCGGGAUCCUCUUCGCGCUGUACUCCGCCGCGGAGUGGUACCCCGCGUUCCCAUCCCAAGCCAGGAGCAUCAGACCACCUCGAACAUGCUUUCAACCCAAGGCAUCAAAUUCUGGAAUCAGAAAGAACUGGUCUUGCCAGGACUCACUUCGCCUGGCUGUUCAGCGGGACCACCACUUCCGGAGCCUGUUUGACUUCUCCACCCCAGUGCUACUGUGGGGUGGUCUGUUCACACCUAAGCUCUGGGACAAUCUGAGCCAGCUCAAAGUCCCAUAUGGAUGGUGGGGGCUCUCCCAAAAAGACAUCGUCUCCACCCUGAGCCUUCUGAACAGCACAGAGAGCGCAGAGCUAUUUGCUACCUCCAGAGAGCCACCUCGAAGCUGCAUUCGGUGUGCCGUGGUUGGUAACGGAGGCAUCCUGAACGGGUCCCAUCAGGGUCAGAAAAUCGAUGCCCAUGACUAUGUGUUCAGACUCAAUGGAGCAGUGAUCAAAGGUUUUGAGCGUGAUGUGGGCACCAAGACCUCCUUCUACGGUUUCACUGUGAACACAAUGAAGAACUCCCUCAUCUCCUACCAGCGCCUGGGUUUCACCUCUGUGCCAAAGGGGAAGGACCUGCGCUACAUCUUCAUCCCCUCGAGCAUCCGUGAGUACCUGAUGCUGAGGUCUGCCAUUCUGGGUGUGCCUGUUCCCCAGGGCCCUGAUAAAGGGAGCAGGCCUUACACCUACUUUGGACCAGAAACCUCUGCCUGUAAAUUCAAGCUCCUGCAUCCAGACUUCAUCGGCUAUCUGACAGAGAGGUUUUUGAAAUCAAAGUUGAUCAACACCUAUCUUGACAUAUAUAUGCCUAGUACCGGAGCCCUUAUGCUGCUAACAGCCUUGCACACCUGUGACCAGGUCAGUGCCUACGGAUUCAUCACAAGCAACUACCAGAAAUACUCUAACCACUAUUUCGACCAAAAGAAGAAGCGGCUGGUAUUCUAUGCGAACCACGAUCUGUCCCUGGAGGCUGCGCUGUGGAGAGACCUACACAAGGCUGGCAUCCUUUGGCUGUACCAGCGCUGACACCACAGCACCAACUUUGCUUUUUGCAGAGCUGCAGCUCUGAUCCCAGGUGGCAAAAGCCCUUUUUCUCAGUCUUCGGAAGGGGCAUCAUUCCCUUGACCCUCCACUUUCCAACAGGAGUACUGAGACAGACUCACGACUGCUUCCAAAGCCUGUUCAAUUCAGGACGCCAUCUUGACUCCUGACAACUCCUCUGGGUCUGAGACAGACAUCCCCACCUUCACCAAGGGGGAACAGACUGCUUUGCUUGAUUGGUUUUAAAGCUUGUACUCCCAAAGUAAGACUGACUGUCACCAGCCAAAGGCAGGUACACCUCAGAGCCAAGCAGUUCAAAGCCAGCACCAACCUGCUCCUGAGUCAUCCGGGCCAUUGGUAACCUUGAUCACAUAGUGGUGUGCGGCAAUGCCCAAGGCCAAACCAACUGGCAGGUGGAGCCCAGGAAGGCCACAGCUACUCAACCUGUAGCCUCUUUUCUGAGAACAUGAUUCUAAAUUCUGCCUCCAGGUUAAGAGGCGGAGACCAAAGGCAGAAUGUAAUUUGAGGCUAGAUAAUAGCAUAAAUGAUGACCAUCUUGUCUCUUUGUUGUUGAGGUAGAACGGUAAAUGCAAGGUGGCUGUGGAGGGAGGGGUGAGGCAGUUCAGUGGUCUGCCUGGUGGGUCCAGGCACCAGGUUCCACCCCAGCACCACACACAGGUGCAGGCCCUUGGUCAACUGCCCCAAAGCUUGUGGCCACCAAGAGAAAUCCCACCAGAUGCUUCACCGUUUCAGUCACCAACAAGGCACUGUCGAAAGACCUCAACAGCC